CACCACAAACUCUCCAAUAUAAAAUCAGUAUAUUAGUUUGUUGUUAAUCAAGAAAUUAGGAUUAAUGCAGUGGUCGUGGCCGGAGAGUGUGCUAUCAAAUAGGGAGAGGAUGGUGGAGGAGUUGAUCCAAGGGCGUGAACUGGCAAGUCAACUUAGUAGGGUUUUCGAUAAUAGGCCAAUCCUUGUUAAUGGUGUUGAUGGUGGAUCGGAUGAGGGUACUGUUAAUAAGAUUUUGGGGUCUUUUGUGAAUACCCUACUGAUUUUAAAUGGGAAGGAGUCUGAUCAGGAGUUUGUUCCUGAUCAGAUUCAAGGAAAUAGUAAUGAUGUUAGUGGUGGUGGUGGUGGUGCAGAUUCAUCAUCUUGGGUUGGUAAUCAUGAUCAUGCAGCUGUUAUUAAGUCUGAAGAUUAUACUGAGGAGGAGAUCAGUUGUAAGAGCACUUCAACCUUCAAGGAUCGUAGAGGUUCUUACAAGAGAAGAAAGACUUCACACUCUUGGACAAGAGACAUUCCUGCUUUGAUUGCCGACGGUCAUGCAUGGAGAAAGUAUGGACAAAAAAAUAUCCACAAUGCCAAGCAUCCAAGGAACUACUUUAGAUGCACUCACAAAUACGAUCAAGCGUGCAAAGCAACCAAGCACGUGCAACAAGUUCAAGAUCAUCCAUCAGUGUUUCGAACAACAUAUUAUGGCACCCACAGUUGCAGAGACUACCUCAAAACUUCUGAAUUGGUCUUGGAUUGCACAAAUCCUAGAGAUUCUUCAAAGUUUAUUAGUUUUGACAACGUCAAUUGUUUUACAAACAAACAAGAGCACCCAUUUCCCGCAUCCUUCACUUCAUCAUCAGUUAAAAAAGAACUAGUCGUCAAGGCAACAAGUGAUCAUACGGUGACAAGCCACCACAACCAUUCGCUACCCAGUGAUUAUCUCGUGUUGCAUGAUGAUCUGAUGGAAUUCGCGUCCUCUGAGCCCAUGGGCGGGUUUUCAUCCAGCAUUGAUCAGUAUGAUCACGAUGAUGUGUUUUUGAGGAUGUUUGCCGAGUCUGUCUUUGAUAUAUAAUGAAACUUUGCAGAUUAUUUGCACUAGAUGAUCACUACACGCGAAACGAACGAAAUACAUAAUUGUCAAAGGAUGAGGAGAGGGGGAACGUGGAUGGUCUCUAGGCCCAAAGAGUGCUUGCCUGGAGGGGAAAUCAAGUGGUAGAAGAAGAAAAAAGUCCGAGUUGAAGAAUCUCAAUCCAUUUGUCGGAUACUUUUUUUUUUUUUGGUCACAUUUGUCGGAUACUUUUAGGUGUCGCGCUGGGCAUCGACAAUAACGAAAAUAAGAAUGUUGUGUUCAUAGUUUUUGUAGUGGAAUUUUUUUUGAAAUGUCAGUAAACUAAAAUUUUAAGCGA